AUUAGUGAUCAGCUGAGAAAACAAAGAAUAAAAAGUAAAUUACCAGCUGCUUGUAUCCAAUAUUUUUCAACAUUCGCAAAACUUAAAAAUACUACUUUAAUACUCGAUUAUUAUCUGGAAAGAAAAGGAAGAACAAGUAACAUCCUAAGCAAUGGAAUCUCCUUAUGCCCCUUUGAGCGAGAGCUGCGCAAAAGCUCUUGCUGAUAAAGCUUAUGAAAAACGUAAGGUAGCAUCACAGGAAAUAGAAAAAAUGGUGACGGACUUCAAUAUGAAGAAAAACACAAUACAGAUAAGAAAACUUAUAGAAGUUCUUUCCAACGAUUUUGCGACAUCUCGAGAUCCUAAUCGACGUAAGGGUGGCUUAAUAGGCUUAGCCGCAACUAGCCUUGGAUUAGGGAAGGAUUCUGAAAGUUAUGUAAGUGAAUUGGUUACACCAAUUGUCAACUGCCUUAGUGACCCUGAUGUUCGAGUUCGCUAUUUUGCCUGCGAAUCUUUGUACAAUGUAGUAAAAGUAGCAAGGGCUGCUAUCAUACCAUUUUUCCCAGAACUGUUUUCUGCAUUAUCGCGAUUGGUAGCGGAUUCUGAUCAAAUGGUCAAGGAUGGCAGUGAAUUGCUUGAUCGGCUGUUGAAGGAUAUUGUAACGGAGUCUUCACAAACUUUUAACUUAGAGGCAUUUAUACCUCUUCUCAAAGAACGUAUUUACGCCAAAAAUUCGUUUGCUAGGCAAUACGUUAUAUCAUGGAUUUCAAUUUUAAAUGCGGUACCAGAAAUAAAUAUGCUGAUUUAUUUAACUGAUAUUUUGGAUGGACUCUUUACAAUGUUAGAAGAUAACACAUUAGAAAUUCAGCGAAUGUGCGAAACCACACUUAGCCAGUUUUUGAAAACCAUUAAAAGUGAUUCAUCUUCUGUGCGAAUGGAAGACACAAUAAAUAUUCUUAUAAUUCAUGCUCAAUCUCCGAACGAACUAAUAAAAUCUAUUGCUAUAACUUGGAUACGUGAAUUUGUACAAAUUUUUGGACCAAAUGUAUUACCUCACGCGAGCGGAAUAUUUACUGCAAUUUUACCAUGUCUGGAAUACAAUGUAGAUUCAAAAAAAAACAUAAAGGAAUGUGCGGUUUCGGUGAACAACUCCAUCAUGUCAUUAAUAUCAUCCUCGGAACAUAAAUCCCAAAAUAUAGAAAAAAUUGAUUUACGUUCCGUUAUGGAAGUGUUAUCCCAGUAUUUAACACAUAAUUCAGUGCACACGAAAAUUGCAGUUCUAAAAUGGAUUCAUCAUCUCUUUACACAUUUUCCCAGCGAGAUGUCACCACAUGCCAGCAAUUUAGGUGCAAAUUUGCUGGGCAUAUUGUCGGAUAAUUCAGAUGAAGUUGUGCUGCAGUGCUUAUCUGUUUUGGCGGAAAUCUUAAAUUCAACAUAUAAUAAAGAUUCUAACGACUUUAACAAGGUACAUUAUCGGAAAUUUCUACUGAGUUUAAUCAAUUUGUUUGGCGAAGAAAAGAAGUUUUUGGAUAAUCGUGCCAGCCUUAUAAUUAGGCAGUUGUGUGUUUUGCUGAAUGCGGAAUAUAUAUAUCGAACAUUUUCGGAAAUCAUUGAUGAAGAAGUUAUUAAAUUUGCGUCGACUAUGGUGCGCUUACUUAAUAUGAUAUUACUAACAUCACCAGAAUUGUUUGAAUUGCGGAAUGCGUUACGGGACAUCACAAAUGAGCAUUCUGCCAGUUUAUUCAAAUGCCUUUACAGAAGUUGGGCUCAUUGUCCAGUCUCCACACUGUGUCUAUGUUUAUUAACACAAAGUUAUCAACAUGUUUCCCAACUUGUAGUAUUAUUCGCCGACGUGGAGAUUACCUUGGAACUAUUAAAUGAACUAGACAAACUAGUACAGCUAAUAGAAUCACCGAUAUUUGCAUCAUUACGUCUAACAUUGGUUUCCAAGGCAAACAAUUCUGCUGAUGCUCAACAUUUAGCUCAUGCGCUUUUUGGUAUCCUUAUGCUUUUGCCGCAAACGGAGGCAUUCAACUUGUUAAAGAAUCGCUUACAAUGCGUGCCAAACUAUUGGGGUCAAACGCGAAUAAAUGAAGAGAACUCGUUACAGCAUAAGAGCAACAUCGAUUUUGAUGUUUUGUUGGAACAUUUUAAAAAAGUCCAAAAAUUCCAACGUACUUUGCGAAUUCAACAAAGGCGUAAUAUUAUUCUGCCCGAGGAUAAUUAAAAAAUUAUAAUUCCAUUAAGUAUUUAGUUUUCAUGUACUACACACAUAUUAAGAAAAAUGCUUGUCUAUCAUACUUUGGUUUAAGUAAAUUUUUUUUGAAAUACACACUACAUAUACAAAAA